GCCACCGCCGCGGCGCGUUCCCCUCCGGGCCGGGCCGCCCGGGCGCUCCCUCAGCCGCCGCGCCCCGCCGGCCGCUCCGGGCGCGGGCUCCGGCGUCCCCGGCCGCCGAGGACGCCCCGCGCGCCCCCCGGCGGGCGCCGCCGGGCCAGGGCGCGGAGCCGCGGGCGCGGGCCCGGCAUGGAGCUGUUCCAAGCCAAGGACCACUACAUCCUGCAGCGCGGCGAGCGCGCGCUCUGGUGCAGCCGGCGCGACGGCGGCCUCCAGCUCCGGCCCGCUACUGAUCUACUUCUUGCCUGGAAUCCCAUUUGUUUGGGGUUGGUGGAAGGUGUUAUUGGGAAAAUUCAGCUUCACUCAGAUCUUCCUUGGUGGCUUAUUUUAAUUCGGCAGAAAGCAUUGGUGGGCAAACUACCAGGUGACCAUGAGGUCUGUAAAGUUACCAAAAUUGCUGUGCUAUCACUCUCUGAAAUGGAACCUCAGGAUCUUGACCUGGAGCUCUGUAAGAAACAUCAUUUUGGAAUUAACAAACCAGAGAAGAUUAUACCAUCUCCAGAUGACUCGAAAUUUCUGCUGAAGACUUUUACACAUAUUAAGUCUAAUGUGUCAGCUCCUAAUAAAAAGAAAGUUAAAGAAAGUAAAGAGAAAGAGAAGUUGGAGAGAAGAUUACUUGAGGAGUUGCUAAAGAUGUUCAUGGACUCGGAAUCCUUUUAUUAUAGCUUGACCUAUGAUCUGACCAAUUCGGUGCAGAGGCAAAGUGCUGGGGAGAGGGACCCCCGUCCCCUCUGGCAGAAGGUCGAUGACCGAUUUUUUUGGAAUAAAUACAUGAUACAAGAUCUUACUGAGAUUGGUACACCAGAUGUCGACUUCUGGAUUAUCCCCAUUAUCCAAGGUUUCGUGCAGAUUGAAGAAUUGGUGGUUAAUUAUAAUGAAUCGUCUGAUGAUGAGAAAAGCAGCCCAGAGACCCCUCCUCAGGAUUCCACUUGUGUAGAUGACAUUCACCCACGAUUUCUUGUGGCUCUCAUUUCACGCCGAAGUAGGCACAGAGCUGGAAUGCGCUAUAAACGAAGAGGAGUGGAUAAAAAUGGAAAUGUUGCAAAUUAUGUGGAGACUGAGCAGUUAAUUCAUGUUCAUAAUCACACCUUGUCAUUUAUUCAAACACGUGGUUCUGUGCCUGUCUUUUGGAGCCAGGUUGGGUAUCGAUAUAAUCCGAGACCUCGAUUGGACAAAAGUGAAAAGGAAACUGUUGCCUAUUUCUGUGCCCAUUUCGAAGAACAACUGAAAAUUUACAAAAAACAGGUUAUUAUUAACUUGGUAGACCAGGCAGGAAGAGAGAAAAUUAUUGGCGAUGCUUAUCUGAAGCAAGUGUUGCUCUUUAACAACCCACAACUUACUUAUGUUUCAUUUGACUUCCACGAGCACUGCCGAGGAAUGAAGUUCGAGAAUGUUCAAACACUGACAGAUGCCAUUUAUGACAUUAUUCUUGACAUGAAGUGGUGUUGGGUUGAUCAGGCUGGGGUAAUAUGUAAACAGGAAGGGAUUUUCCGCGUGAACUGCAUGGACUGCCUGGACCGCACCAACGUGGUCCAAGCCGCUAUCGCCCGAGUGGUCAUGGAGCAGCAGCUGAAGAAAUUAGGUGUGAUGCCCCCAGAGCAGCCAUUACCAGUGAAAUGCAAUCGGAUCUAUCAGAUAAUGUGGGCUAACAAUGGUGACUCCAUCAGCAGACAGUACGCUGGGACAGCUGCUCUGAAGGGUGACUUUACAAGGACAGGAGAAAGGAAGUUAGCAGGCGUUAUGAAAGAUGGUGUUAACUCGGCAAAUAGGUAUUACCUGAAUAGAUUUAAGGAUGCUUAUAGGCAAGCUGUUAUAGAUUUGAUGCAAGGCAUUCCAGUGACAGAAGAUCUUUAUUCCAUAUUUACCAAGGAGAAAGAGCAUGAAGCUUUGCAUAAGGAAAAUCAAAGAAGCCACCAAGAACUAAUAAGUCAGCUCUUACAAAGUUAUAUGAAGUUACUGCUGCCUGAUAAUGAAAAGUUCCAUGGGGGCUGGGCCCUCAUUGACUGUGACCCCAGCCUCAUUGAUGCUACUCACAGAGAUGUGGAUGUGCUGCUACUGCUUUCUAAUGCUGCCUACUACGUCGCCUAUUAUGAUGAUGAAGUUGACAAAGUAAACCAGUAUCAACGACUAAGUCUAGAAGACCUGGAAAAAAUAGAGAUAGGUCCUGAGCCCACUCUUUUUGGAAAGCCGAAGUUCUCCUGUAUGAGACUGCACUAUAGAUACAAAGAAACAAGUGGCUAUUUCCACACUCUGAGAGCUGUGAUGCGCAAUCCAGAAGAGGAUGGAAAAGACACACUUCAGUGCAUUGCUGAGAUGCUGCAGAUCACCAAGCAAGCCAUGGGGCUGGACGUGCCUAUAAUUGAAAAGAGGCUGGAGAGGAAAAGCAGUAAACCUCACGAAGACAUCAUUGGCAUUCGAUCUCAAAACCAAGGCUCUCUGGCCCAGGGAAAAAAAUUUUUAAUGAGCAAAUUUUCAUCUCUAAAUCAAAAAGUGAAGCAGACCAAAUCCAAUGUAAAUAUUGGCAAUCUACGAAAGCUAGGAAACUUUGCAAAACCUGAGGUGAAAGUUAACUUUCUAAAGCCGAAUUUGAAAGUCAAUCUUUGGAAGUCAGAUAGUAGUCUUGAAACCAUGGAGAAUGCAGGUGUGGUGGAUAACAAAGUCCAGCCAGAAUCUGAUGGGGAAAUAUCUUCAGAUAAUGAUUCAUACCACUCUGAUGAAUUUCUUACCAACUCCAAGUCUGAUGAGGACAGGCAGCUAGCUAGCUCUCUAGAGAACGUAGGGCCAGUAGACUAUGUUCUCCCCAGUUGUGGUAUUAUUGCUUCGGCACCUCGGUUAGGAAGUCGAUCUCAGUCCAUUAGCAGCACUGAUCUUAGCAUCCAAGUUCCUUCAGGGAGCACUGUUGCUCAUGGCAGCAGGCCUGAAAAAGGUCAUGAGUCUCUUCUGAAGAAAAGUCCUUCUGUUGACAGUAUACACGUACUGACUGGCUUUGCCAAGCCUGUGGAUAUUUACUGCCACAGAUUUGUACAAGAUGCACAAAACAAAAUGACCCAGCUCUCAGAGACCAGAUGUGUUUCUCAGCAGGCUAGUGAGGAAGGAAAUCAAAUGACCCGCCAAGUUUCUAAUGAAGAAACUCAGUCAGAAGCAAUGGAACAGACGCCGUCUCGACCGUCGCAGUUAGAUGUAUCUUUUUCUGCGACGGCCCCUCAGUUCUUGUCAGUUGAACAAGUACAUUCAGUUGUAUCUCAAAAGACCCCUGGCUCCGGAUCCAGUACGCUUGAACUUGAAACAGGCCUUCCUAUAACUCCUUCUCCUUCAGAGAGCAGUAGCAGCCGAGCGGUCUCUCCCUUUGCAAAGAUUCGAAGUUCCAUGGUCCAGGUUGCUAGUAUCACCCAAGCCGGAUUAACCCAGGGGAUCAACUUUGCCGUGGCAAAGGUUCAGAAGAGCCCUGCAGAGCCCGAAGUGGUUAAUGAAGUCCAGCAGAAUGAACUCAGAAGCAUGUUUACACAAUGCCAGACACGAAUAAUUCAGAUUUAGUUUUUAGCCAUUAAGAAUCCUUCUGCAGCUUUUAUUUAAUCCGAAGUAAGGAGGUUCCACAUACUAGGCUAUUUUAACUUGAUACUGCCUUUCAAUCUAGGGAUAACAAAUUCUAAUUAUGUUUAUUGGAAAAGGCUUUAAAAGGAGUCUGAACUUAAGCAGAUUUCUAGAUUUGGGAGCCAGGACAAUGAAGUGCAUCAUCCUGGAAUGUGCAGACCUGGGUAACUUACCCACCACAGAGCAGUUUGUCUCUUUGAAAUUCAGGCUAGAUUUAUUUGAGAGAUAGUAACGCAAACCUUUUUUUUUGGGGGGUGGGGAGGGGGCAGUUAGAGUGAAGUUAGACAUUAAAACUGGGCAUGGACACAUUUAAGAAAUUAGAAUUUUUCAUAACUUGUUUGUAUUGCCUCUUUAAGGUAAUUACAUUUAGUUUUUAGUGAUUUUUUUUUAAAGUAUUACCUAAUAUGGAGAAGCAUUUCAAUAUAACAAAAGUCUUGGUUUGGUUUUAAUGGUUUAGCCAUUCCCUAUCAAGCGUUAAUUGAGGUAUUGGCACUAUACAUGCCCAUUUGAUACUAAAUUUUCUCCAUAUUCUUAGAUUUUAAGGUAUUCUGUCACCUCUACACCCCAAAGUCUAGUAGUAGUAAGACUUGUGAGUCAUCAGGAGAACCUGACAUCUUAUGUGAAUACUAGCACCUACUUAAUUUUGCUCUGUUUUUAGAAAUGUAAGAAUGUACUGGUAAUUCCUGAGGGAAGUUUUCGAGUUGUAGGGGCUCUCCUUAACAUCUGCAGACUAACACGGACUACUCAAAGUUUAGUUCGAAGCACAGUUGUGGCUAAAACUGAUUUUAUGACUAUAACCCUGACCACAUGGACCCAUGGACUCUUCUGUAAGCCUGUAAGUUGCACAUCUUAUUCCCAAACAAGUAUUGACUGGUUUAUCUGGUAUCUUUAGAGUGUUACUCUGUUGACGUGAUUCUCAGCUAAACAUUAUGUCUGUUGUAACAACUUUGAUUAAGUAUUUCCACUUUUGUUAUUUAUUAGUGGUGUCCUUUUUUUUUGCAAGUGUCAAAUCCUGUGACUAUUUAAAAUAAAAUACCAUUGUAAUUUAAGUGAUAAAGUGUAUGAGAAUUCUUUAGUAUUUGCAAAAUAAAUUUUCUAUAACUGA